AUGUGUUUGGAUAUAGUGAGUAUUCCCAGUGGACACAACAUUUCGAAUAAUGAGGAUAAGAAAGGAAUCCACAGCUUUCUGCCGGAGAUAAAGCCAGAAAAGUUCCAACAGAUAACCCAGGACAAAGAGGAAUCUGCAAGGCUGUUUCAACAAAAGGCGGAGAACAUCAGUCAAUCUGCGGAUAAAAUAGUGGAUGAGUGUGAGGAGAUAUUUAAAGAGCUGAUCUGUUUAAUGCAGAAAAUAAGGUAUGAUGUGAAGCAGCAGGUCAGAUCCCAGCAAGAAACUAAAAUAAGUCGAGUCAAAGAGAUUCAGAAGCAUCUGGAGCAAGUCUCAAACAAAGAGGAUCUCAUCCAGUUUCUCCACAACUACCCCUGUCUGUCAACAACCAGUCAGUCUACACAGUUUUCCAGCAUUGAAAUCCUGCCGCCAUUUUUUGAGGAUGUGACAGCAAUUGUGAUCAAGUUCAGAGAUAAUCUAAAGAAGCUCUUAAAGGACACUUGGCCAAACAUCUCACUGGAGAUUUUACAGUCAGAGCUGGAAACAAGGAAGAGAGACGAAUUCUUGAAAUAUUCACAAAAAAUUACACUGGAUCCAGAUACAGCACAUGCACGGCUGUUACUAUUAGAGGGGAACAGGAAGGUGACACUGGUGAGUGAACCUCGAUCUCAUUCUAGUCACCAAGAAAGAUUUACUGAUUUUUAUCAGGUUCUGAGUAGAGAGAGUCUGACUGGACGCUGCUACUGGGUGGUGGAGUGGAGCAGGAGAGCCUAUGUAGCUGUCGUAUACAAGGAUAUUUGCAGAGCAGGAAGCGGAACUGAAUGUGGAUUUGGAUGUAAUGACAAAUCUUGGGCAUUAGAUUGUUCCCCAAAUGGCUGCAGAUUUGGUCACAACAACAUCUGGACUCUGAUCCCAGGUCCUGUUUCCUCCAGAAUAGGAGUGUACCUGGAUCACUCAGCAGGUGUUCUGUCUUUCUACGGCGUGUCUGAAACCAUGACUCUCCUCCACAGAGUCCAGACCACAUUCACUCAGCCGCUGCAUGCUGGAGUCUGUGUUGGAGACUCUGUAGAGUUCUGUAAACCAGAAUAG